UGUUCUCUGUUCCGAGGUAUCCCCUAUUCCUGUCUUUCAUUGCCUUAAAUUGCUCCUGUGGUACCCAGGGUUGCUGGACCUUGGAGACAGAUGGACUGCAUUAGGGGUGACUAUAAGGAAGGUGAUCCGCUCCGACGCUAUGCGUAUGACCGCGUCUCUCUGCAAGGCGAGCACUACCGGAGAGACCCGCACUGCUGCUGCUGACCGCGAGCACCUAAACGCCGGCUGACGAGCGACCCAGGCCGGGCAACAGGAGCGGGAAACGCCGCCGCAGAUUAACCUCCGGCGGAGGAGAAGGUGGACGAAAUUAACGUACGAAGAGUUGGCCCUGGAUAGAGAGAUUGGCAAGAGGACGAGUGUCCCAGAGCCUGCUGUCCCAUUCAUCAUCCUCUCCUGUCUUCCUCCUCCUAGCCAAGCUUUAACCUCGCCAAACUCCACUCUUUCAUCUCUUCUUCCUGUCUUUUAUUCCUCCUCCUCUGCAACUGGCAAACAUUUCAUUUACACUUGUGCCUUCUGUCUUUCUCGCUGUCCUUUUCUUUCCCCAUCUUCCAUCGAUUCAUCCCUCUCUCUUCCUUUGCUGUCGACUGGGAGCUCGUCAUGGCCUCUAAACUGAACCCCAAUGUCCUGUAUGUGGCGGAGCAUGGCGAGUCUCUGGGCUCACCCCAAGCGGACUCUGAAAACACUCACAUUACUGGAGAAGCUGGAGAAGAGUCAUCAGACAGCGACGGGGAACAAGAAGAGACGUCGCACAAGUUGAUCCGCAAAGUGUCGACCUCGGGACAGAUAAGGGCCAAGAAAAGUGUGAAGGAGGGAAUCCUGUUAAAGCAGACCAGUUCUUUCCAGAGAUGGAAGAGGAGGUAUUUCAAACUCAGAGGCAGGACCCUCUACUAUGCGAAAGACUGCAAGUCUUUGAUCUUUGAUGAAGUAGACCUAUCAGACGCCAGCGUGGCCGAGACCAGCACCAAGAAUAUCAACAACAGCUUCACUCUGAUCACUCCAUUUCGCAAACUAAUGUUAUGUGCUGAGAGCAGGAAGGAAAUGGAGGACUGGAUCGGCGCUCUUAAAUCCGUCCAAAAAUGGGAAACCUAUGAGGCCAGCCAGUUCAACAUGGAGCAUUUCUCUGGGAUGCACAACUGGUACGCCUGCUCGCACGCCAGGCCGACCUUCUGCAACGUCUGCAGGGAGGCUCUGCCAGGCGUCACCUCCCACGGCCUGUCCUGUGAAGUUUGUAAGUUCAAGGCUCAUAAACGCUGUGCAGUUCGCUCCACCAACAACUGCAAAUGGACAACACUGGCGUCCAUAGGAAAUGACAUCAUUGAGGAUGAGGAAGGGGUGUUUAUGUCCCACCAGUGGCUGGAAGGCAACCUGCCGGUCAGUGCCAAAUGUGUGGUGUGUGAUAAAAACUGUGGCAGCGUGCGGCGGCUGCAGGACUGGCGCUGCCUCUGGUGCAAAGCCAUUGUUCACAACAGCUGUAAAGAACAAAUGGGUAAGGUGUGUCCCUUGGGUCAAUAUCGAGUGUCAAUCAUCCCGCCCACUGCACUUAACAGCAUCGACUCAGAUGGCUUCUGGAAGGCCACCUCAGCGUCGUGCUCCAGUCCUCUCCUGGUCCUGGUCAACUCCAAGAGCGGAGACAACCAGGGAGUGAAGUUCCUCCGCAAAUUCAAGCAGCUCCUCAACCCAGCUCAGGUCUUUGACCUGAUGAAUGGAGGACCAGAGCUUGGCCUGCGCCUUUUCCAGAAGUUUGUGACGUUUCGUAUCCUGGUGUGCGGAGGCGAUGGCAGCGUGGGCUGGGUGCUCUCAGAGCUCGAUAAACUCAACCUCCAUAAACAGUGCCAGCUGGGCGUGUUGCCUCUGGGCACAGGAAACGACCUAGCUCGGGUUCUGGGCUGGGGAGGCCUCUGUGACGACGAUGCUCAGCUGCUGCAGGUCCUGGAGAAGCUGGAGAGAGCCACCACCAAAAUGCUGGACCGGUGGAGUGUGAUGACGUUCGAGGUGCCCGCCACUACUAAACGCACACCGACAGUGAAAGAAGACGACAGUCUUGAUUCUCCUCAGCAGGUCCACAUCACUCAGUAUGCAGACUCUGUGGCCUCCCACCUUGCCAAAAUCCUGGACUCUGACAAACACAGUGACGUAAUUUCCUCUGCCAAGUUUCUGUGUGGGACGGUGAAUGAUUUUGUGGCGGAGGUGGGGAAGGCGUACGAGAGAGCCACAGAGAACAAGGAGGAGGCAGAUGCAAUGGCAAAGAAGUGUGCAUUGCUGAAUGAGAAGCUUGAUUCCCUCGUCAAGGCCUUAAGUGAGGAAGCCGAGGCUCAGGUGGUGCCAGCUGGUUCGGUGCCCAACCAGGAGAGUGGCAGCUCAAGCCCGGUCGAAAGUGGCUGUGAGUCGGGUUCAGAGGGUAAAACAUACCGGUCCAAGGAGCAGCUGAUGCUCAGGGCCAACAGCCUAAAGAAAGCCCUGAGGCAGAUCAUUGAACAGGCCGAGAAAGUGGUGGAUGAGCAGAACCAACACACGCAGGUCCAGAGGAUGUCAUCCUUGUCCUCCAUCAAAAGAGAAAACAGCGAGGAGCUGAAGGAUGCUGAGCCACGUCAAGGAAGCUUAAGUCCCACCUCCCCCAUUGUCCUUGAGAAACCAGAGAGCCUCCACACUGUCACCUUCAGCGAGGACACUGUACAAUGCUCAGAGAAGUGCGUGAUGAACAACUACUUUGGCAUCGGCCUGGAUGCUAAGAUUUCCCUCGAGUUCAACAACAAGAGAGAUGAGCACCCUAAAAAAUGCAGCAGUCGCACCAAGAACAUGAUGUGGUACGGAGUGCUGGGGACGAAAGAGCUGGUCCAGAAGACGUACAAGAACCUUGAGCAGAGGGUUCAGCUGGAGUGUGACGGUGUUCCCAUGUCGCUGCCAAGUCUGCAGGGCUUGGCUGUGCUCAACAUCCCCAGCUAUGCAGGUGGUAUCAACUUCUGGGGAGGCACCAAAGAGGAUAAUAACUUUGGCGCUCCGUCAUUUGAUGAUAAGAAGUUGGAGGUGGUGGCGGUGUUUGGCAGCAUGCAGAUGGCCAUGUCCAGAGUCAUUAACCUCCAGCACCACCGCAUUGCACAGUGCCGCCAGGUGAAGAUCACCAUUCUCGGGGAGGAGGGGGUCCCUGUACAGGUGGACGGAGAGGCUUGGAUCCAGCCUCCGGGCAUCGUCAAGAUAGUCCACAAGAACCGAGCGCAGAUGCUCACCAGAGACAGGGCGUUUGAGAGCACGCUGAAGUCAUGGGAGGACAAGAGGAAGUUCGACAGCUACCGCGACAGCCGACCCCGCCUUAACUCCCAGCAGUCCAUGGAGUACUUGACGGAGGAAGAGUGCGCUCAGGUUCAGCAGCUGGGCGUUGUGGCCGACACGCUUAUCAACAAGAUCCGUGAGGCAGCCAAGACUCACAUGCUGGUGGAGCAAGAGUUGGCUCAUGCUGUCAACGCCACCGCCCUGGUGCUCACAGAGGCCAAGCUGUCCAGCCCUGAGUGUCUCAGUCGCAGCACGGCGGUGGAAAUCGUCAACAGCAGUAAAGUUCUCCAGGUUGAGACUAGGAUGUUGCUCGAUGGAAAACUACUGUCUGAUUCUCCGGAGGAAGAGGAGCUCCGGUCAACCCUUAACAGCCUCAGUGCAGAGCUCCACAAGCUGGACGACAUCCACUGGAUCUGUCCGCUCAUGCAGUGCUCCGAGGAGGACCCCAUAAGGGGCAGCAAUAAGAGCAGCAGCAGUAUGAAACUGAAGAUCAUACCCAAGGUGAAGAAGGAGAGAGAGAAGCUCCACAAACAGAAGUCCAACAGCUCUCUCUCAGGAAAUUGGGAAAUCAGAGGUGGGACCGGUGAGGCAGAUUCCUCGGGCAAUUGAAGUCCUGCAUGAGGUGCUUAAUACCGACCCCCUCGUUACCCUGACAACCAGGGGUGAGGAGCACCCCCACUGUUCUCCUCCCCUGUAACCGUGAUCCCCAGUGGCCUGACAGAGGUGUGAGGAAGAAAAGGAAAACCAUCUUUCCAACUUUGCUAUUUCCUCCCUGCUUCUGUGUCCUCCAUUGUGCAGGGGGGAUGUUUGUUCUAUUUCUUGUUUUCAUUUGUUGAAGGGGCCUGGCUUUGCAUUGCAUUGCUUCACCAUUGGCGUUCUGCUUUUGGUUCUGUUUACCCGCUUGAGUUUGGAAGUCGCCGUGGCCAGCAGGGAAACCAGCAGUGGACAAGGGAGGCAUGGAACGAAAACGUUCUUGCAGAUUAUUUUUUGACAAAGAACUGUGUUUACGUAGUGCACUCCUUGCAUGUCGAGUGCAGCGACAUAUCUAUCAUGAGUUGUACACUCUUUUAGUUGUUUUUUCUCUAACUUCAGUCGUUUUAUUUCUGCACUUAUGAACAGCCUUUAGACUUUGAUUUUUGUCUCCAGACUUUUUGAGGAGUAUUUAUUUCUUGUUGCUACUGCCAUGAGAACUCACGGCAACAAACUGAACAAAUUCGAAACAUCUCAAGUUUAUCGUCUACUGAACUGGGGAAUAUCUUAAAUGUUGCAAAAAUGUACUGAGGAAUGUACUUGUGUGGACUUGUAUUAACCUGUGAAUAAUGUUAAAUGAUAAAUCAUAUAAGGUUUCACAAAGGUUCUACUGUGGUGGUUCUAAAGUGGUUCUUAAUGGGCUGUUGUCUAACUUGUGUGAUCCGAGGCUAUGCUUUAUGAUGAGUCAUUUCAUCUGGAAUUCAGCUAUGAAAAGAAAGUACGGACAUCACUAUUAUUAUUAAGGUCUACAAUUUGACUCAUGCGGGAGUCAAAAAUAGUUAUCCCACUGGUUUUAAGAACCAAUAGGAGGCACAGCAUCAGAUGAAAUGAAGGUUUUUACAGAAGGCGGAAGCAUCAAGGACACAUUAACAAAACGUUACAGCCACUCGGUAUAUUACUCCUACUUUGCCAUACUACUGAUUGUAUAUGUAAUAUAAGAAUAAGGGUCAUUGGAUAUUUGGUUUUUGCUUCAUCUGUGAAAAGCUUGAAAGCUGUUACGUUAUUAUUAUUGCAAAUAUAUUAUCUAUUUUUUUGUAUAUCUUAUUUUCCCAAUGGUAACCUGUGAAGCUGUCCUGGCUUUGCUGCUUCCCCAUUUGACAAACUCUUUGGCCAAAGUGCAUAUAAUCAAAGUCAAUUAAUGCUGUUCUUUGUGUCCCUGCAUGCAUACAUAGCCUUCCUUCGCCUCACAGUGGUAGGCAGCAGUUGCCUCAAAAGAGGGAGUUAUAGCUUGUUUGUUCCGACCAGCAGCUUUUGUGGAUUUGUUUUAACCUGCUUGACGCACCAUUUAGUCUAGGUUGUACUGCGAACGGACACUUAUUUAGCCAGAACGCUUAAAUGUCGGCCAAUACUUUACUGUGUUGUCCAGACUUCAACACAGUGUAUUGGUUUACACCCACGGUUCUCCAAGCAGGCGUGACAACUAGAUUUCAUAUGUAAAAUGAGCUUGGAUUCAUGUGCUGCUGUUCAGAAAUGGCUAAAAUAUUGAUGUCAACGAGUUUUAGAGGCAACUUCUAUCAAGCUUUACAUUAAUGUUUUUGAAAGGAAUGGAUUAGACAUUUUAGAGGAAAUUUGCUUAUAUGCGGUUACUGCAAAAUAGACAGGAAAAUGUAUGACUUCUUCAUCUCUAUGCAAUCAGUAAAAAGAUGGAAAGAGAAAGCUCCCAGAUGUGCUUAGCUUUAAAAGGACAAUUGGACAUUCUCCGUCAAAAGUAAUGUGCUAUUUACACAUAUCUUAUUAGCUAGAAAAUUAGUUUCCACGAUAUCUUAGUCAACUGGGGGUUUUCUUACGUUGCGAGUGUUCAAAGCUUGCAACUCCCAGAAAAUCCUGUCCUAACAAAGCUAAGCUUAGCUGUAGGUCGUCAAGAAAGCUCCAAUGUGUAAUCCAAUUAGUUAUUAAACAGCAUUUUUUACAAAAGUUGUUACAUUUACACAUAUAGUAAAUAAUAGGAAUGAAGACACAACUCUGAUAGCACUAAGCUAGCUGUUUCCUCUGCUUCCAGUGUUUAGUCAUAAGCUAGGAUAAAGUGACGAAGCUUACUCCAUACUGAAUUGAACAGAGGUAAAUUGUGACAUAUUUCUUCUGUAUUAAUCUAAAUUCCUUUAAAUGUCUAGUAUAAGUUUUAAUUGCCAGGAUGUAAUAAAGAAACACUAGCCAAGAUUAAACAUGAGUCAAAUACAACCAAAUGUCCCAUAGGUGGAGGAAACUGCAUCAUGUAAAGGUACUAUGAAGAACCAUAUUAAAGUAUUUAUUUUCAUGAUACACAACUUGUCUAAAGUUGAUUUGUUGCGAUGCAACUCCACCACUUUCAAACUACAAAAAGGAACAUAACAAUGUAAAGUCACUUUGACUCGAGGCUAAUUAAGUGUUUUUCAAGCUUUUACUUGGAUAUUAUGUCCCCAAAUAAGGCUGUAAACUGGUAAUGGAUCAUUUCUGUUCUUUUUUUCACCAAUAAUGUAAAGGGUUAGUAUUGGAUUUCCUCAGUUAUUUAAAAAACAAUUUAUGGAAAUAACCCAAACUAACUGUUGAUAGGACCGAGUUACUGUGAGGCGUUGUAGAUGUUCAGCUCUGGUAGGAUUGUGCUACUGUAUCCAUAGUGUGCCAGCUAUAUGCUCUACACCUUAGAGGCUUAAGUGGUGUCGUGCCAAGUUUGUACUGAGUUCACUGGGCUAUGCGACAUACAAGGUGUGUGUGAGAGUGUGUGAGAAAGUUGUAUGUCGUACAUUUCAAAGUUUACUGUAUCUUGCCUUGCACUUUACGAAGAAGCAAACUUAAUGGAGGAAAAAAAGACAUUUGUGUGCAUGUGUGCGCGUGUAUGUUGAAUAUUUCAAGUGUUUACGAGUGUUUUGUUUUUUUAAAUUGAUUUGUUGACAAAUCUUUUAUUUAUGAUAAAUGUAUACGGACAAAAGUGUGUUGAUAAAAUGUAUAUAUCUAACUAAACGUAAAAGAAUGAUAAAUGUAAAGAGAUGUAUACACACGUUUAUUACAUCAGUGGUUGUACAAUUACUCCCACAGCAGCUUGAGAUCUCCCAAUCAACGCCAAUAUUAUUCCAUGUGAUUCUGUGUCAUUCCACUGCCAUAGCAAUGUCAUCGAAAUGUCUUUCCAAUGUUACACCAAUCGGUAUUGGAAUAGUAUUCUCCAAAUGUAACCAAGGUGAGGUUAUUCUAACUUUAAGCCAAAGUUAUUUAAAUUCUCUAGUGUUAUUACAGGCUAGUAAUGAAUCAACGCAAAGAAGAGAUGUCAUGUUUAACCGACAUUUGGGUGACCUUUUUGUGUAUCUAUUGAGAAUGUCUACUUUAGGCUUUAUUUGCAUUUCAUGUGCUAAAAACAAAUUCAACAAUGUGUCCAGUGACAGAACAUGCAUUUGUGGAAGCUAUUAGUGGGAUAAAAAUAACUCCAAUGGUCUUUUAACCUAGGAUUUUUUUUUUAAAGCAUUAUUUUUGGUCAUUUUGUAUGAGUGUCUUCUUUUUCUCACAGCAAAAAUGUCAUUUUUGACUGAAACUCUUUCAAAGAGUUAACAUGGAGCGGAGAAAAUUAUCAAUCAUUAAAGAUUACAGACACCCCACCAUGUUUGUGCAACAGUAUUCCAUGGACAACAUUUGUGAACGCACCACCGGAUCCGAACAGCCAAAAUAUUUACGACUGUGUGCGCAGUGCUGGAAGCCAGACUAGAUGUUGCACGACCUUGUACGUUGCGAGGUGUUUUAUUGUGUUAUCCUGUGCAGUGUGUAACAAAGACAAAGUCAGCGCAACCCUUUGGAAAUUAAAUGAAUUAUUGAAGUGUGAA